AUGAGCUCGGACUCGGAUCCACCACUUGUUUCUCUUGUCAGAGAUAGGGGCAAAAGAGCUAUUGACAUCGAUCCUAGUGAUGUGCCUCGAGGUUCUAGAGGCAGGCCUUCGAUAAGACGUCAAGAUGAUACGAGAGCAGACUCCCAAGAAACAAGAAAGCAGAGCCAACAGCUAAGGGCCCAAAAUAAUGUAUCUGGAGUUAUUGAACCUGGUGGUGAUCGAGGUUACACCUUUGCCCAAUUCGGGAAGGCGAAACCACCAACUUAUGAUGGACAAACCGAUCCUCUUAUGGCAUUUGCGGGGAAUUUCGUGGCCGAUGAGAAGGACAAAGCGGAGCACUUUCAAAGGGGAUUACGACCGGAGAUUCGUUUUGAACUCGCGUCUCUCCUACUGACAACUUAUGAGGACGUGCUGGAACGAGCGAUCGGGAUUGAGCAAGAGAUCUUGGAGAGCGGCAUCGCGGGUGCUCCUCAACAUAAGAGGCACAAGGCUAGAAAUUUUCAAGAAAGUCAUCUAAGUGAGGGUAACAAGCAAAGGGGCUUUAGCGGGAUCGAGAAGGCAAAGAGUCGAGCUAUUCUUAAGCCUAGCACUACUUGUGGGAAACUUCAUAGUGGUCAAUGUUAUUGGAAGACUGGAGUUUGCUUUUUAUGUGGAAAGGCGGGAUAUAUACGACAAACCUGUCCUAUGCAAAGGAAGGCUCCAGCAGAUAACAGAUCUUGUUUUGUAUGUGGACGACCCGGACACCUAGCACGCACUUGCCCUAUGCGGAAAAAUGCACCUCCGGUUGAUAGACCACAAGAGAAUCAACAAAGGCAAAGGACAGCUGGGAAGGUCUUUACGAUGACAGAGGAGGAUGCAGCGGCGUCUAAUGCGGUUGUGACAGGUGAUGUUUCUAUUGCCUCACGAUAUGCUUACGCCUUAUUUGGUCCCGGUGCAACACAUUCUUUUGUUUCCAUGAAAUUCGCUAAGAAACUCGAUGUGCCACCUAAGUCGCUUGAUGGUGAUUUGCGUGUGGAUACUCCCACCGGGGAUUUUUUUAAUGCCGAUCGUGUAUAUAAGAGAUGGUUGAUUUCGGUUUUGCAAGCAAGAAAGCUUUUGAAGAAGGGUUGUCAUGGUUAUUUGGCUUAUGUGAGAGAUACAAAUAAGGAUGUGGUAAAGCUGGAAAAUGUUUCCGUUGUUCGAGAUUUUCCAGAUGUAUUUCCCGAAGACUUGCCUGAUUUGCCUCUUGAUAGAGAGAUUGAAUUUUUCAUCGAUCCGAUGCCCGGCACUACACCCAUUUCUAAGGCACCGUAUCGAAUGGCACCAACUGAAUUAAGAGAGUUGAAAACACAGCUGCAAGAACUCCCGGAUAAGGGAUUCAUCCGGCCUAGUGUUUCACCUUGGGGAGCUCCCGUAUUGUUCGUGAAAAAGAAAGACAAUAGUAUGAGGCUAUGCAUAGACUACCCUGCUGUUCCGCUGCUUCCGGCCACCGUCCGCCGCCCCCAGCUGGUCCUGAAGGUCUUCCUCGACCUGUAG